AUGCAACAUAUUCCUCCAAAUGAUAGAGGGGCACUAUGGGAGUCCAACCAGCCAUGUAUUCCCAUAUUUAAAAGCAGACAGACGUUAACAGCACUGCCUUUGUACAACUUCAUAUUAUGGAUUUUUCUUGGAGUGUUGGCGUUCCCUUGUUGUGUCCGGUGUUUAAUAUUCAAAGUUGGGGUCCUAGGGCCUUGGAACUGCGACCCUGUGUACUACAAGGCCAUACCUGCUGCAGCUGCAAGGCUGGCUGUAAGCAGGAUAAAUGGAGACCUGAAUUUGGAUCUGGGACUGAAAAUGGACUUUAUUAUCCUUGAGGAGCCAUGUGAAACCUCCAAUGCACUCACCUCAUUUAUCUACUAUGAGAAAAGUGCAGAUGUGUUUGUGGGCCCCACCAACCCAGGAUACUGUACUGCAGCUUCACUGCUGGCCAAGAAUUGGGAUAAAGUCAUUUUCUCUUAUGGGUGUGUUAACUAUGAACUGGAUCGCAUCACAGGAUAUGCUACUUUGGCAAGAACUCUACCAUUUCCCUCAGAUGUGUUGUUCACUGUGUUGAAACACUUUAGGUGGGCCAAUAUUGCAGUGGUUUCAUCAAAUGAGGACAUCUGGAUAGAAACUGCCAGGAAGGUGGCAAGUGCUCUGAGGAACAGGAGACUUCCCAUAAGUGUGGUUUCAUCUAUUGGUGUAAAUGAGACUGAGAUGAUGAAAACACUGAGGAAAAUCCAGGCUGCAGGAGAAAUCAGAGUCAUCAUCAUGUGCAUGCACUCUCUCCUGAUUGGAGGGGAACAACAGGCGACGUUUCUUCUAAAAGCACAGGAAAUGGGCCUGACUCGGGGGCAAUAUGUGUUUGUGCCCUACGAUGCUCUCCUUUACAGCGUACCCUACGCCAACGUGUCCUACGUCCCCCUGCAAAACAACAGCUGGCUGAGGGAGGCCUAUGAUGCCGUGCUCACCAUUACUGUGGCCUCGGAGACUUUGUCCUUCAACGAGGCGUUCGCUGCCGCAAAGAGAGCCGAGGAAGUGAUGCUGCCUAUGCAGCCAGAGAAGGUUAACCCUCUAUUUGGGACCAUUUAUAACAGUAUAUAUUUGCUGGCUAAGUCCAUAAACAAUGCGAGGAGAGCAGGCAUGAGGCUUUCAGGAUCAAAUCUGGCAUACUUCACAAGGAAUAUGACUUUCAAUGGCUUCAACCAGAAGGUCAGGGUGGAUAUUGCUGGCAAUGUCAAGACCAACUAUGUCAUCCUGGACUCUGACACGAGGGGAAGCCAACUCUAUCAGACCUUUAUAGUGGAUCUAAUGUCUGAAAGGCUGCUUUUUGCUGGGAGAUCCAUUCACUUUCCAGGGGGGUCCCCUCCACCAUCUGACUCCAGUUGCUGGUUUGAAAAUAACAGCAUCUGCACUGGUGGUGUGGAGAUCACCUACAUCAUAGUGGUGUUCACUGUGGUCUUUGCUCUGGCUCUCGGAGGGAUUGCUGUCAGUCUUUUUGUAAGGCGGAGACUCCAGCAGAUCCAACUGGUCAAAGGCCCCAAUCGUAUCCUGCUGACCCUAGAGGAUCUCACUUUUAUUAACCCUCAGCUUAGCAAGAAGAAAAUCACUUUAGAGGAUCUGACUGACUCCAGAUGUGGUCUGGACGAAAAAUCAACAGACCCCUCCCAUUCUGUGAACAGCAUGCAGGAGGCAACUCAUGAGACCACAAAUGUGGCUGUUUUUGAGGGUGACUGGGUGUGGCUGAAGAAAUUUGAGGAGAGACAGUUCAAGGAGAUCAAGCAAAGCACCACAAGGAUUUUUGCAAAGAUGAAAGACCUGAGACACGAGAACGUGAACCCGUUCCUGGGCUUCUUUUCAGAAAGCUGGGUGUUUGCUGUGGUGACGGAGCACUGCUCUCGGGGCAGCCUACAGGACCUGCUGAGGAAUGAAGAUGUUAAAUUAGACUGGAUGUUCAAAUCCUCACUUUUGCUGGACCUCAUCAAGGGUAUGAAGUACCUUCAUCACAGGGAAUUCCCCCACGGCAGACUAAAAUCUCGAAACUGCGUCGUAGAUGGGCGCUUUGUCCUCAAGAUUACAGAUUAUGGAUUUAACGAGUUGUUGGAAUCUCAGAAAGCUCCUGUGGAAGAGUUCCCACCUGAAGAUCUUUUUUGGACCGCUCCAGAAUUCCUGAGAGAUGCUGCAAAUCCACGCAAAGGGACCUACAAAGGAGAUGUGUACAGCUUUUCUAUUAUACUCCAAGAAGUAGUGGUCAGAGGUCCACCAUACUGCAUGCUUGGUCUGCCACCAGAGGAGAUUAUCCGUAAGGUGAAGAAGCCGCCUCCUAUGUGCCGUCCCACCGUGGCCCCGGAUCAGGCCCCUCUGGAAUGCAUCCAGCUAAUGAAGCAGUGCUGGAGCGAACAACCAGAACGCAGACCGGACUUUGACGAGAUCUUUGACAGGUUUAAAAUAAUCAACAAAGGAAAGAAGACUAACAUCAUUGAUUCAAUGCUGAGGAUGCUGGAGCAGUACAGCUCCAACCUGGAGGACCUAAUCAGAGAGAGGACGGAGGAGCUGGAGGUGGAGAAGCAACGAACAGAGAAGCUACUUGCUGAGAUGCUGCCGCCUUCUGUGGCCGAAGCUCUGAAAACUGGUGCCACAGUGGAGCCGGAGUACUUUGACCAGGUGACCAUCUACUUCAGUGACAUUGUGGGUUUCACAACAAUCUCCUCGCUCAGUGAUCCCAUUGAGGUGGUUGACCUUCUAAAUGACCUCUACUCGCUGUUUGAUGCCGUGCUAAGUAGCCACGAUGUCUACAAGGUGGAGACCAUUGGUGAUGCCUACAUGGUAGCAUCAGGUCUUCCCAAGAGAAACGGCAACAAACACGCAGCUGAGAUUGCCAACAUGUCCCUGAACAUCCUCAGCUCAGUGGGAACCUUCCAUAUGAGACACAUGCCAGAGGUGCCCGUCAGGAUACGAAUAGGAAUCCACUCAGGGCCUUGCGUAGCUGGGGUGGUGGGUCUGACUAUGCCUCGGUACUGCCUUUUUGGAGAUACUGUCAACACUGCCUCUCGUAUGGAAUCCACUGGGCUGCCUUAUAGAAUCCAUGUGAACAUGAGCACGGUGAAAAUCCUCCAUUCUCUUAACGAAGGUUAUAAAAUAGAGGUCAGGGGCAAGACAGAGCUCAAGGGUAAGGGUAUUGAAGAAACAUACUGGCUUGUUGGAAAAAACAAUUUCAUAAAGCCUUUGCCAAAACCGCCAGAGAUCAAACACGGGGACAACUGGCAGGAGAUGGUGACAGAGGAGGUCAAGACUAUUUUUGGCAAGGCCAACAGACAAAUAGACAAACAAAAAGUCUGAAUGAGAAGACAAGAUGAGAGAGAUGUCAAAGAAACAAAACUUGAGCAGAGGAAGGAGGUCAAAAGGAAACCGAAGACAGAGAGAGCUAGGAGAGGUGGGCAGAGGGCGCGCAGUGUAACGAGGCCUCUCGCCGUGGCUUAACGUAGACUCCUUUAAGAGGAUUGUUCAUCGACUGUCUAAUCUGGCUGCAGCCAGCACAGCACAAUGCACUGGUGCAUUACCGGCCUGCGCACAGGGAAAUGCCGCGCUCCUUAAUGAUCCUCUCCUCUCUGCACUCACUGGCCACUGAGUGGUCACCUAUAACAAGGCAUCCAAGGGAUUGACCCAUCUGACCAUCGGAUGCCCCGAAUGCCUAUUUCAAAAUGAAAUGUAAUGUGUUUUUGUUGUACUAAAUGUUGUCUGGUUUUUUUUUGUUUGUUUUUUUAGUUUUGCCAUAAAAGCUCAUUAAGUUCCCGCAUGUGCAGAGUAGGUGUGUGGGACUGACGCUGCUAUUUAGUGGCUUUUUUUUUUUUAGCCCACCAAAGUUAAAAGCUGCUACUGUAUAUGAUAAUUACCAAAUGAAACAUGACACUAUUCUGUUUACUGUAUUUAUAAAAGUUAAACUAUUGUUAUGGCAGAACGGCAAAGAAUCCUUUACAUCAGAAAUCCAUUUGUACCCAAUAAAAUAAUAAGGGCAACACUUUUAUUCUUGUUCAUUCUUCACAAGUUGAACUAAAAGAGCGAAGAAUUUUGUGCACACAAAAGGUUGAUUAUCCUUGAAUUUUGCACUCAUAUUUGUUAAAUAUGUGUCGGUGAGCAGGUUAUCUUUGCUAAGUUCAUCGAUCCGCCUGACAGAUGUUGCAUAUCAAAAUGCUGAUUACACAGCAUGAUUGUUGUACAGGUGCACCUUGGACUGCUCACAAUAAAAGCACACUCUAAAAUGUGCAGUUGACCUUGUUGACCUUUAUUAGGUGAAGAAGCCAUAUGCGGUGGUCCGAGGCACAUUUGUGCAACAGUCA